AGCCGGGAGCGCGGCCCGCACGCCGCCAUGGAGGGUCUGCUCUACGGCCGCCUGCCUGCCGGCGCGGCGGAGGAGCUGGGCGCGCAGGUUAGCUUUCUUCCAAAUGUGUCUCGUCAGCCUCAAGGAUCCGAGGAGGCCAGAGCGUUCGUAAAUGCCUUCCUGAAGCGCAGUAUGCCAAAAAUGAAAGAUGAAGCCAUCCAGGAUAUGCUAACUCGGAAAGCUGUAGUCCUUGAGCAUUACUCUAAGAAGAAGAAAAAAGGGAAGAGGAAGAAAACAAAAGGUUUUACCGCCAAGCAGAGGCGAGAAUUGCGGCUUUUUGAAAUUGAACCCGAACAGCGAAGAUACGCAAUCUUUCUACCACUACAUGAACUCUGGAAACAAUAUAUCAGAGACUUAUGUUAUGGACUUAAACCAGAUGCGCAACCACAGAUGGUUCAGGGCAAACUGCUAAAGGCUGAUCUCCAUGGAGCUAUUGUUACAGUAAUAAAAUCAAAGUGCCCCUCAUAUGUUGGGAUAACAGGAAUCAUUCUGCAGGAAAUGAAACAUGUCUUCAAAAUUAUUACUAAAGAGGACAAAUUAAAAGUUGUUCCCAAACUCAACAAUGUAUUUAGUUUGGAGAUUGAUGGAUUCAUUUCCUACAUCUAUGGAAGCAAGUUCCAGCUUAGAGCAAGUGAACGAUCGGCAAAAAAGUUCAAGCUAAAAGGAACUAUUGAUCUAUAAUUUCAUGGAAAUUCAAAAGUGUUACUAAUAAGUCUGUUACUUUCAUGCAGCUUAAAGACCAAGUUUUCUGGCAGGUUAAAAAUGAAAUGAGUAGUGUGUGAAGUUCUUCAUAAAACAUUUCUUCAUACUGAAGAAUCACUACAAUCUUGUCUUAAACUGCAACAGUCAGACUGCUUUGUAGUUGUCUGUUUCAUUAUAUGUAUUUAACAUUCUGACCUUAAGUUUAUUAAACUCUGAUUAGUAUGGAUUACCUGACUCCUGUCUCAAUUGUAGCUUUGCACAAUGAAAAUCAAUUACAGCUUACAACUUCAUUAUUGUUACCUUCUGUUACCAAUUGGGCUGCACCUUACAAGAUUGUAAGGAGACUCAAAGUGACAAUAACUGCUCCUCUGCAAUCACUGUUCCCAGGUUCACAUUAACAUCUUUGCCUGGUGCAUGCUUAUGCAAGUAAGUUACUUCAGCUGAUAGGUUUUACCUUGAUUUCCCCAUUGGUAAUCCUGUUAGGCAUGUAGAUGAGUGAAGAAACAUGCAAACUAGAUAUAGCAGUUUGUCUUGCUUUCAUAAUGAGAUUUUAAAUCAUGUUAGAAAAAAAGCAUUGAAACAUUUAUAGCUUACUGAGGAAGUUUCUUUACUACUUACAUGCUGUUCUGAAAGACUGUUUAUGAAGGCAUCAGAGAAAAAUGAUUUCUUUCAAGUGUACUGAGCUAGUAACGUGGAUGUUUGGUACUGCAAAGGUAUCUUAAUAGUAAAAUGAAGAAUUUUAAGAGGCUCAAACUUUCUGUAUUGUAAUGUUCUCCACAGUUAAUCCUAGGGCAUGCUUCAGCAUCUGACUUGAAAAUUAAUAACACAGUAAGUUUCUCAUCUUAGUCUAGAACUUUGUGCUAUUUCAUGGGUCUUGUUUUCUGAAUGGAGGAAAAAGUUGUUAGGCCAGAGUUUAAAUGCACCUAUGUCAAAAGUGUAAUAUAGGUGGAAUUUGGGUAACUGAAUGCCUGCAUCUAAACCUGAAACUCUCUUAAAAGCCACAGGUGCUUAAAACUGCUAGGAUUCACAGCUGGAAUUAUUGCUGUCUUUGG